CUCACCACCACAGCCCUCGCCUGUUGCGCCCAUCUCUCGGCCCGCCUCGCCACAGCACACUCAGCAUGUCCGACGCAGCUGCAUCGCCCGCCGAGGCCAGCGGCAGCCGCAGCCGCAGCUCCAGCGCCGCCGCAGCCGACGCGCCGCGCGCCGCAUCUCCACACGCAGCGCCGUCUGGAGCGGCAGCGUCGGGCAGCAAGGACGCAGCCGAGGCAGGCGAGGGAGGAGAGUCUGGGAACGAGGAGGCGGAGAAGUCUGGGUCGGAGUCGGCGGAGGACGACGAGGCCGGCGACGCACCGGCUGAGAAGCAGACGUCCAGCGCUGGCAAGGGCAAGGCCAAGAUCAAGCCGGGCGAGCCGCACUCAUGGCAAGCCAUCUGGGCGCCAGCGCAGUCGGCAUACUACUUCUGGAACGCCGAGACGAACGAGACGACGUGGGAGAAUCCGCUGGAGGUCGACGAGGCGGCGGCAGGGAGCUCCACGGGCACUGCACAACCAGCAGCUGCAGAGCCGUUGACAGACGAGCAGCUGGCGCUGUCGGCCGGCAUCGAUCCGGACCUGGCCUUCCUCGACCCGACGCUGUACUCGGCACAGCUGGCGUCGGCCCGCGCCGGUGCCGCGUCUGGGCCGUACGGCGCGGCCGGUGCCUUCGACGCACGCACAGGCCGCUUCGUGCCGGCGGGCAAUCUGGGAGCUGGUGCCAUCAACGAUCCGUCACGCCUCUCGCAGGUGGCACGGGCUGGCAGACAGAUGGAGGUCUUCUUCGACGUGGCGCAGUACGAGCAGCAGCGCGCGCAGGACCGUCUGGAGGAGGGCGAUGGGCCGCGCGGCGGCAAGCGCAAGCUGAGCAAGAAGGAGCUCGAGUUCUACCAGCAGCGCAAGCGCGAGAAGAAGGCCAAGCGCUACCUCGAGAACUGAGCGCAUGGGGCCAAAUCAAACAGAGUCACGCACGAUGGGCCUGAUGAAAGCGCAGCGUGGCGUUGUCAUUCUAGAGAUCCAUCACGAGCAGCC